AUGGUACAGAUCAAACCGACCGAGGUCUCGCUGGAGGCAGGCAACCUGGCGGAGCACUCGGCCGAGCUCGACGACGACGGCCGCCCACGCCGCACGGGCACGGUCCUCACAGCCAGCGCGCACAUCAUCACCUCCGUGAUCGGCUCCGGCGUGCUCUCGCUCCCCUGGGCGGUGGCGCAGCUCGGCUGGGCCGCGGGGCCCCCUGUCCUGCUCGUCUUCGGCGGCGCCACGUACUACACCUCCACGCUGCUCGCCGAGUGCUACCGCGCCGGCGGCGGCAGCGACAACCCCGACGCCACGGGCGCGCGCGGCCGCCGGAACUACUCGUACAUGGAGGCCGUCCGCGCCAUCCUCGGCGGCUGGAAGGUCACCUUCUGCGGCGUCAUCCAGUACGCCAACCUCGCCGCCGUCGCCGUCGGCUACACCAUCGCCGCGUCCAUCAGCAUGCAGGCCGUCUGGAGGGCCAACUGCUUCCACGCCCGGGGCCACGACGACGCGUGCCGGAGCUCCAGCGUGCCGUACAUGAUCGCGUUCGGGGCCACCCAGAUCGUCUUCUCGCAGAUCCCCGGCUUCCAUCAGAUCGAGUGGCUGUCCAUCGUCGCCUCCGUCAUGUCCUUCACCUACUCCGGCAUCGGGAUCGGACUCGCCGUCGCACAGACCGUGGCCAACGGCGGGUUCAGGGGCACGCUCACCGGCGUCGCCGUCGGCGGCGCGUCGGGCGUCACCGUCAUGCACAAGGUCUGGAGCACGAUGCAGGCGCUGGGCAACAUCGCCUUCGCCUACUCCUUCUCCAACGUGCUCAUCGAGAUCCAGGACACGAUCAAGGCGCCGCCGCCGUCGGAGACGGCGGUCAUGAACAAGGCCACGGCGCUCAGCAUCGCCACGACCACGGCGUUCUACGCUCUGUGCGGCUGCAUGGGGUACGCCGCCUUCGGGAACGCCGCGCCGGACAACCUCCUAACGGGCUUCGGCUUCUACGAGCCCUUCUGGCUCGUCGACGUCGCCAACGCCGCCAUCGUCGUGCACCUCGUCGGCGCGUACCAGGUCUUCUGCCAGCCCAUCUACGCGUUCGUCGAGAGCCGGGCCGCCGCCGCGUGGCCGGAGAGCGCCUUCAUCUCCAAGGAGCUCCGCUUGGGCCCCUUCGUGCCCAGCGCGCUCCGGCUGGUGUGGCGCUCGGCGUUCGUGUGCCUCGCCACCGUGGUCGCCAUGGCGCUGCCAUUCUUCGGCAGCGUCGUGGGGCUCAUCGGCGCCUUCACGUUCUGGCCGCUCACCGUCUACUUCCCCGUCGAGAUGUACAUCAAGCAGCGCGCCGUGACGCGCCGCAGCGCCCAGUGGAUCUGCCUCAAGGCCCUCGCCGCCGUUUGCCUCGUCGUGUCGGUCGUCGCCACAGCAGGGUCCAUUGCCAGCUUCGUCGGCGCGUUCAGGGAUUUCCGGCCAUUCAGUGGCUAAACCUCGCCGUAUACAUGUGCAUGCUACUGAAAGUUUGCAAUGACCAGAGAAGCUUGUUUCUGUGAAGUAGCAGCUGCUACUGAAAGUCUGCCAUCAUUUCAUUGUAAUGUGUGUAUAAUAGUGGCCAGGACAGACUUGUUUCUGUAGCUUCCCAUUGGAUUGUCCAUAACAAAGCAUUUCAAGGUUUGCAAGAAAUAAAAGCAACUAACAAUAUGCCAAACAAUAAUGCCUGCUGCGACAUGUUCAGUACUUUCUGAACUCUGAAGCAAACAAGGUGAUACCAGCAACAGAUACCUUGUGUCUAGUAAUAAUACAAGUUUACCCAGCUACUACAGGCCUUGAGGGCAUAAUCUAACACAAGUAUUUCUGAAACAUCAUCGUUUCCAGGGGCCAUUAUCCACACAACGCCCCUGAAGAAUAAGACAAUCUGCUGCCUGUGUAUC